GUGCGGCGGAAAGUAAGAGGCUCAUUGGGGGAAGACUGGCCGGAUCAGGGUCCCUGGGCUCGGCUUUGGCCAGACUCACCGAAAGAAGCAGUGUCGGGCGACCCUGCCGCCGGUCCCCACUGGUUCUCUGCGCCCGCUCUGCUUCCCAAGAAAGGAUGGGACUUCUGUGGUGUGUGAUGAGUCUCUACUUCUAUGGGAUCCUGCAAAGUGAUGCCUCAGAACGCUGUGAUGACUGGGGACUAGAUACCAUGAGGCAGAUCCAAGUGUUUGAAGAUGAGCCAGCUCGCCUCAAGUGCCCACUCUUUGAACACUUCUUGAAAUACAACUACAGCACAGCCCACUCAGCUGGCCUGACUCUGAUCUGGUAUUGGACGAGGCAGGACCGGGACCUGGAGGAGCCAAUUAAUUUCCGCCUCCCUGACAACCGCAUUAGUAAGGAGAAAGACGUUCUCUGGUUCCGACCCACCCUCCUCAACGAUACCGGCAACUAUACCUGCAUGUUAAGGAACACCACAUACUGCAGCAAAGUUGCAUUUCCCCUGGAAGUGGUUCAGAAAGACAGCUGCUUCAAUUCCUCCAUGAAACUCCCACUGCACAAGCUGUAUAUAGAGUAUGGUGUUCAGAAGAUCACGUGUCCAAAUGUAGAUGGGUUCUUUCCUUCCACUGUCAAACCAACCAUCACUUGGUACAUGGGCUGUCAGAAAAUACAGAACUUUAAUAAUGUCGUAGCUGAAGGCCUGAACUUGAGUUUUCUCAUCGCCUUGGUUUCAAACAAUGGAGAUUACACAUGUGUUGUUACAUAUCCAGAAAAUGGGCGUACCUUCCAUCUCACUAGGACUCUGACUGUAAAGGUGGUAGGCUCUCCAAAAGAUGCAUUGCCUCCUCAGAUCUAUUCACCCAAUGAUCUUGUGGUCUACGAGAAAGAACCGGGAGAGGAGCUACUUAUCCCCUGUACAGUCUAUUUUACUUUCCUGAAGGAUGCUCGCAAUGAGGUUUGGUGGACCAUUGACGGAAAAAAGCCAGACGACACCAACAUUGAUGUAACUGUUAAUGAAAGUAUAAGUUUGACCCCAACCGAAGAUGAAACGAGGACUCAGAUUUUGAACAUCAAAAAAGUUACUGCUGAGGAUCUCAAGCGCAACUAUGUCUGUCAUGCUAGAAAUGCCAAAGGGGAGGUUGACAAAGCAGCCAAGGUGAAACAGAAAGUGAUAGCUCCAAGAUACACAGUGGAAUUAGCAUGUGGUUUUGGAGCCACAGUCCUGCUGGUAGUGAUUCUCAUUGUUGUUUACCACGUUUACUGGCUGGAGAUGGUCUUAUUUUACCGGGCUCAUUUUGGAACAGAUGAAACCAUUUUAGAUGGGAAGGAAUAUGAUAUUUAUGUAUCUUAUGCAAGGAAUGCUGAGGAAGAAGAGUUUGUGUUACUGACCCUCCGUGGUGUCUUGGAGAAUGAAUUUGGAUACAAGCUGUGCAUCUUUGAUCGUGACAGUCUACCUGGGGGAAUUGUCACAGAUGAGACCUUGAGCUUCAUUCAGAAAAGCAGACGCCUCCUGGUUGUCCUAAGCCCCAACUACGUGCUCCAGGGAACCCAAGCUCUUCUGGAGCUCAAGGCUGGCCUAGAAAACAUGGCCUCUCGGGGCAACAUCAACGUCAUUUUAGUACAGUACAAGGCGGUGAAGGAAACGAAGGUGAAAGAGCUGAAGAGGGCUAAGACGGUGCUCACGGUCAUUAAAUGGAAAGGGGAGAAAUCCAAGUACCCACAGGGCAGGUUCUGGAAGCAGCUGCAGGUGGCCAUGCCAGUGAAGAAAAGUUCCAGGUGGUCUAGGAGUGGCGAGCAGGGUCUCUCCUAUUCAUCCUUGAAAAAUGUAUGAAAGGGACAAUUAAAUGGGUAAAAAGAACCAAGGGGACUCCGGGAAGGAAGAGUACCCUUUCUUUACUCACAACUUGAUGUUUCACAGACAGAACAGAAUUCUGUCAAAGCCUCCCCAUAGGGACACAUUCAGGGUGACUGUAUGACUGGUCGUUCUACUUCCUCAGGCAAUGCUAUGGUUUAGAAUGGCGCGCCACCAGUCCAUCACCAGGGAAUGACGUCACUAUGUUCUUCGCAGGCAAAGACUUGGUUGAUGCGAAUUUUCUCUUUCUGCAUCCUCUGCCCCUGUUCCCACAUCUCUAUCCCCUCUUUCUUUCUCAUUGUUUAUAAUCUUAACAUUGUGGGGCAGUCUUUUGCUGUGGAUUUCAAAACCCCUUAAAGAUAAUUACCUUUUGACAAGGUCAUUAUGGGUUUCCGAGUCAUUAAAAAGAUGAUUGGUGCCCAAAUUCAUUUGAGCUGAUGACAAUGAGCUCUUCUGCUCAUUCUGCUGGGCACUGCCCUGUUGCAGCCAUACUGACACCCACAUAGGACAGUACGAAGCGGUGUAACUGAAAGUGUUCCUUAUGAUGGUUUGAAAGGGGUUACCUGCAUUUUCUCCUACCAAAUCCCUUGUGCCCUCCAUCUCGGUCAUCGAUGUCACAUUUGUCAACUUGAAAAAUAUACCGUAUUUUUCUUUAUUUCAGUAAACUCCUGGAUAUUUGUAGGUCAACCCGUACUUGUCACUUCAUCUUCCCUAUCUACUGUACCUCGUAUCAACCAUUUAGAGUUUGCAGAUGGCUCUACACGUGGUUCAGUCUGACAGGAAGCUUCUAAUGGUGCUAAGAGAGAGUGAAAUAACAGCAAAAUGCUUUUAGGGCAUUUUCUGGCUUGUGAGAAAAGCACAGAACAGGGCGUCCAGCAAUUUGUCUUUUCAUCUUAGCCUUGCUAAUGUGAAUAUUAGAAAAGUGAUUUCUCCUCACGUGUUCUGUCUCUCCACUGUAAAAUGUGGAAGUUAGACUUAGUGACCUUGCAAGUUGCUUUUGGCAUUAAUACUCUAAGAGAAUUAACUGGACCACCCAGUAUUUUCCAUAUUUUAUUCACUGGUACAGUUAAUACACUCAGUCCAAACAUGUCAGUCUGGAAAGUCUCUUCCAUGAAACUUGUUUUACUUUAAGUAAAAUCUUAAGACUUGGAAAAGUGAAAACUAAGUCCAGAGUUUACAGAGUGGUGAAUACCUGCGGUGUACACACACACACACACACACACACACACGUAUGUGUAUGCACAUGCCCACGAAUCAUGUAUGUAUAGAUCUACAUUGUAUGUAGAUAUAUACACAUGUUGAUUGUAUAUGUGUGUAUAUAUGUUAUGUAUGCAUUUGUGUGUGUGUAUAUAUAUAUGCACACACCCUUAUGUACACAUACAUGUGACUUUAAAUAGCUAUUGGCACAAUAUUACGAACCACUGGGACUCUCAUCCAGUUUUUAAGUUAUGUUUUUACUGUAAUUCUUUUGUAUUUCCUGUAUAUUAUUUGUAAAAUCACAACUCACAGAGUAGUCGUUGUUAGUUCUCACCUUCCCUAAAUUAGUAGGAAUAACUUACUGCUGCUACAUUUGGUCUGGGUGCAGUGGAAUCUGUUGGACACAGAGCUUCUGUGGUCACUGCUGAGCAGUACCCGUCCCCUGGCAUUAAUUGAUCAUCUACUAUGUUGCAAGCAUACACUCUUAGAAACUAAACUAUGGUAAUCUCAGUGUUCAACUACUAGGGAGAUAAAUCUCUAUUUGGACUGUUAAGUAGUGGAGAAAAGGAAAAUAAAAUACUUAUAAAUAAGGCUGAGCAUCCUGUGAAACACCAUAAUUCAUAAUUUAAAGGAACCCUUAUCCCAGCAUUAUGAAUGUUGAUAACCAAUUCUAAAACUAUCUUCUGCAUUUAAGUGUCCUUCAUCAGUGUUAAGCCCAUAAUAAAUCAUUUCUCUAUAGUGAAGAUAUCAUUUUAAAUUGAAGAAAAGAAAAACUUCAUGAAUUCCUGACUGUAAAACUAUGGUAUGGAGUCAUUCUUGGAUAUAUAUAUAUAUUGGUCUUACUAAUGCUUUUCUUUGCUACAAACCACAAUUACUCCUCCUGUUAACUCUUCAUCCUCAAGACCAGAGGAAGGCUGACUCCAGAUAAGCUUUGAAUAUCAAUUGCAUGAGCUUUAGGUAAUGGGGAACUGUCCCAUCACAAGGGGGACAUUCUCUUGCCAUUGCUGCAUUCUUUUGCACUUUUGGAUUCGAUAUUUAUCCCAAAUGCUUUUGGGUACCCCUAGAAACUUCUUGAUAUUCCUUUUCUUAUUUAUCUACUGAUCUUUGAUAUUGAGCUUUUCCAAAUGCUAAAAUCUAAACAUCUCACAUCUAAAUGAUACAUUUUGUCUCAUUCUUAGAGAAUUUUGUUUCGAGGAUUUUUUGUUUGUUCUCAUAAGAUAAUUUUGUUUCAAUGUUUUUCUGUUUGUUUUAAGUCCCAGAAGAUACCUGUUACAAAAUUUUUGAGGGAGAUGAGGAAAUAUAAUUUUGAGAGCGAGGAAAUAUAAUUUUGAGAGCAAGGAAAAAUUGCUCCAUAAUAUUAAAAAAACUAUCUCUAAUGCUUAAAAAAACCUUAAUGAUUCCAGGUAUAUGAUAUAAAGAUCUUCUGCACCCAAGUUAACAAAGAACCAUGACAUAUAAAGUGUCUAAUUACAUGAUCAUAUAAAAUUUAUUUAAUUAUCUUUUAUGUUGUAACUUAGGUGAUUCCCUAGGAUUCUAAUAAACGAGCAUUCCAUUGUAUUGGGAAACAAAA